CCUCGUUGCCCCGGAGCGGCCGGGUGCAGGGGCGCCGUCCCCGUCCCCGUCCGGUCCCGGGAACAUGCUCCGGCGGGAGGGGAGACCCGAGCCCCAGCGGGCUCGCAAAGUGCGGUUCCGCGUGGCGUCGUCGCACAGCGGCCGGGUGCUCCGCGAGGUCUACGAGGACGGCGGCGGGCCCCCGGGCUCCCGGGACCGGGACUGUCCCGGGCCCCUGCCCCUGCCCCUGCCCGACGGGCCCCCGGAGAACGGCCACGGCGGCUCGGACGACGAGCGGGACAGCCCGCUCGCCCCGGCCAGGGCCGCCACCGAGGGCGGCUUCCCCACCCGUCGGGUCAACAUCCUGAGCAAGAACGGGACGGUCCGCGGCGUCAAGGACAAGGUCAGCGCCGGCCAGGCCCUGUUCAACAACCUCCCCCGCGUCCUGCAGCAGCCGCCAGAGACCCUGGAGUUUGACCGGAUAGUCAUCUACACCACAUGCCUGCGCGUGGUCCGGACGACCUUUGAGAGGUGUGAGCUAGUCAGAAAGAUCUUCCGGAACCACCGGGUCAAGUUCGAGGAGAAGAACAUCGCUCUCAACAGUGAAUACGGAAAGGAGCUGGACGAGCGGUGUAGAAGAGUGUCGGAGGCCCCAUCGCUGCCGGUGGUGUUUAUCGAUGGCCAUUACCUGGGGGGAGCAGAGAAAAUUCUGUCCAUGAAUGAAUCGGGGGAACUCCAGGACCUCUUGACCAAGAUUGAGAGGGUGCAGCCUCCCGACGAGUGUCCCUCAUGCGGCGGGUUCGGCUUCCUGCCCUGCUCAGUGUGCCACGGGAGCAAGAUGUCCGUGUUCCGGAACUGCUUCACCGACGCCUUCAAAGCCCUCAAAUGCACGGCCUGCAACGAAAACGGGCUGCAGCGCUGCGCCAACUGUGCCCGCUGCGCCAGCUAGGGGUGGGACCGCCGGGCCGGGGUGCUCGUGUUGGCGGCUGGCGAUACUUAUAUCCUUUUUUUAAAAAACGAACCGUGUGAGAGUCAAUAAAGUCUCUUUGUAAUAA